AUGGCCCUCAGCAACCCACCACCACCUCAAUAUGGCGCUGAAACGUCUCCUCCGUCCUACGAGGAGCUUGUGGAACGCUUCAAAGCCGCGGUUGGUGACAAUCCUACAGCGGAGAAGUAUUUGGAAGUGGCCGACAGCUUCGGGCCCGAAGAGAUCGACGUCCUUGCCGACAGCUGCGGGGACGGUUUUCCCCCCGUCGAAAGCGAGGAAGACCUCAACAAGCUGAAAGAGUCCAUGUCCAAGGAACUGAAGAGUGAACUCGUCAGAGCUAGCGCUAAGGCAGCCUCCGUCCAGGCCAAGGAGGCCGCUCUGCGGAUUCGUGCGAUCUUCAACCUCAUCCAUCGGAAAAUCGUGCAGUUGGAUCAGAUCGAGGAAUCAGGAUUCGAGGAAGAGAUGAGGGGUUUCAUUAUAGAAUACGACGAGAUUCUGUCGAUGGUAGGCGAAGUUGCAAGGGAGAUGAAGGGCAUGGGAUAUCACCUUGAUACCUUACUUAUACCAACCUGUGCUAGCGAAAAGGUUUCUAAGGAAGCCAAAGUACAGUUAGACACGGAACGGCAUGAAGGAAUCUCGGCCCAAGCUCAAUACAGAAUCAGUGAGAUGAAGAUCAAGUUCAACGCAUUUGUUGCCAAAUUCGAUCAAUGGGGUGAAAAAAGGGAAGGUGAACUCCGAGAGGAGAUUCGGAAGCUUCAGGGAGAGAUCCGCGGUCUACGCGAUGACAUUACCCAUACUGACCAACAGAUUCAAGAUCUGCAGUUUGCUAUGAAGCUGAUCGGUAGCCUGUCAUUGUUUGGGUUACUCUUCGGUGGCCUUGUCGCCGUGAUCCUCGGGAUUGUGAGUGUUAUCGGUGUUGCGGCAACUGCAAUAGCCAUAGCGGCUAAGCGAAAAAAGAUCACCUCAUUGGAUCGUCAGAUAUUAGGCAAAGAGAAUAAGAUCUCUGAGUUGGAAAAAGAGAUUCAGAUCAUCCAGGCCGCCAGAGCAGCGCUGACUACCCUACGGGAUUCAAACCUCGAUACCAUCUCCGAGGAUAUUUUGCUCGUGGACAACUACUGGCAGGGCUUGAAAGCAACAAGCCUGGAGCUGCUGUCUUACGUGGAGGAUGGCACAGCGAUGGAAUACAUCGACGAUGUAAUUGAUUUUGGUAUCGAGACUUACAGGGAUGUUGGAGAAUAUAUUGGAGACUACGGUGAAGCAAUCAGCAGGGUCAUGAGUGAGAGGAGGGAGGAAUCGGAUGCUUAG